ACUUAAUAGGAGGUUAAACAAGCCCAUUAACUAAUUGAAUUUUCGAAAAAGUUAUCUGAUUUCUAUCGAUAUUAUUUAUAGUCGACAGUUGAAUUAGUCUAUUGACCAUUCACAGAUCAAACGAAAGGAAGCUCUAUCGAAAUUAAAAAUGAACAUCCUUUUGUUUAUUUGUUCAAUAACCAUUGGCGUCGUAAGCGCUCAAAACUUUGGAUGUCCACCCGACGGAAUCCAUGCCAUUAAAUAUCCCGGAUCCUGUCGACGGUUCAUCCGAUGUGUUUUUGGAAACGGUGUCGUUAUGGAUUGUGCGCCGGGUUUAUACUUUGACUCCGUCCGAGGUCAAUGUAAUACGGCAGAUAUUGCAAAUUGCAAUCCAUGUCGCGAUAAUCCUGUAGAUCAGAUAACCUUCACCCGUGAUGCAUUCAACUGUGCCCGAUUCUCUAUGUGCAUCGGAAGAUCGCAUUCUGAAAAUUCGUGCAGCGAUGGACUGUAUUUCGAUACGAGAACGAAUACUUGCGCUCUGUCAGAAAAUGUUGAUUGUACUGGUCAAGGCGAAGGCACCACCACCACCACGACUCGAGCGCCAGGAGAUGAGCUCGAGCCUGGACCAGAUGGAUCUUGUGACAAGGACUCAAACUUUGAAGUGAUUGCUUCGCCGUCAUCAUGUGACCGAUACACAAUUUGUACAUGUGGAUACCCAAAUCCCCAAACCUGUCCCCCUGGAUUGAUCUUUGAUGUUGUGUCGCAACAGUGUAACACUCGCGAACAAGGCCUAUGCUUGUUCGAAUCCAUACCACCUUGUCCGGACGGUACUGUUGAGGUAUUCGCUCAUCCAUACGACUGCAGACAUCUCAUAUUUUGCAUUCUUGGUACACCUACGUUAGAGGCAUGUGCCCCGGGAUUGGAAGUGAACAGAAGAACAAAUAAAUGCGAUUUCCGACAUAUUGCUCAAUGCUCUUCUCGCACCGCUCUAACUUAUACACAGCUUAUGAGUGGAAUGAGUUUUCUAUAAUUUUCCGAUGCAAAUAUUUGCUUGCAGUUGCUAAAAAAUAAAUUAAACAUUGAAUUGAAAA